CUGACCUCUGACAGCCGCUCAUGGAUCCGCUCCCUCCCUUCACAAACACGGAAGCAGCAUGGCGUCCAACAGCAGCGGCGGCGGCAGCUCCGACAGGCAAGGGAUUGCACAGCAGAGACUGAGGAUAAUUGCCGGGCAUUUACGGGGACCGGUGGACGGUGACUCGACCAUCCUAGCCGCGGAGUGCAAAGCCCAGGGCAGCAACACAGAUGUCUCCAGUGAGGGGAAAACGGUGCCGAGGAGGAGGCAGGAGAUUAUGAAAUGGAACGGCUGGGGAUACAGCGAUUCAAGAUUCCUCUUCAAUAAGAAAGGCCAAGCAGAAUUUACUGGCAAAAGAUAUAGACUAAGUGGUAUGAUCAUCCCCGGUCUGAAAGAUUGGUUUGAAGGCACAUUUGGAGCCAAUCUGCAGCAUAAAACGCCACCAACACCCUUACUGACCAACACUGCUGUACCGCCUGCCACACUUAACGAGGCCUUCGUGGAGGAAGUGAAAUCCACAGGUAUUCCCUUCUCUCAUGACGCGGAGGAUCGGGUGUUUCGCGCCCAUGGCCAUUGCUUACACGAGAUCUUUGCUCUGCGGGAAGGGAAAAUCGGUCGUGUUCCAGACAUGGUGGUUUGGCCAAGCUGCCACAAUGAUGUUGUGAAAAUUGUGCAACUGGCGUGCAAACAUAAUGUUUGUUUGAUGCCAUAUGGAGGAGGGACUAGUGUCUCUAGUGCCCUAGAGUGCCCCCCGGAGGAAACUCGCUCCAUCGUUUCUCUGGAUACCUCACAGAUGAACCGCAUUCUGUGGAUUGAUGAGAAAAAUUUAACUGCCCAUGUGGAAGCUGGCAUUGUCGGUCAGGAUUUGGAGAGAUUGCUUAAUGAGAGUGGCUACUGUACGGGGCAUGAGCCUGACUCCAUGGAGUUCAGCUCCCUGGGGGGCUGGGUGGCAACCAGAGCAUCAGGCAUGAAGAAGAACAUCUAUGGGAACAUUGAGGACCUGGUCGUCCACAUAAAGAUGGUGACCCCACAAGGGGUGAUUGAAAAGAGCUGUCAGGGGCCACGCAUGUCCACGGGGCCUGACAUUCACCACUUCAUCAUGGGAUCAGAAGGAACCCUGGGUGUGGUUACUGAGGUAACGAUGAAGAUUCGUCCCAUGCCGGAGUAUCAGAAAUACGGCUCGGUGGUAUUCCCUAAUUUUGAGCAGGGAGUUGCCUGUCUUCGAGAAGUUGCUAAACAGAGGUGUGCCCCGGCAUCUAUACGACUCAUGGAUAAUGAACAGUUUAAAUUUGGUCAUGCCCUGAAGCCUCAAGUAUCUUCAAUUUUCACAUCCUUUUUGGACGGGUUGAAGAAAUUCUACAUCACCAAGUUCAAAGGGUUCGACCCCAACCACUUGUGUGUGGCCACCCUACUGUUUGAGGGAAACCGUGAGAAGGUCCUGCAGCACGAGAAGCAAGUUUAUGACAUCGCUGCAAAAUUUGGGGGCCUGGCAGCUGGAGAGGACAAUGGGCAGAGGGGCUACAUGUUGACCUUCGUCAUCGCUUACCUUCGGGACUUAGGAAUGGACUACUAUGUGAUCGGGGAGUCCUUUGAAACAUCUGUGCCUUGGGACAGGGUGUUGGACAUUUGCCGGAAUGUAAAGGCACGCAUCAUUCGAGAGUGUAAAGAUAAAGGAGUGCAGUUUCCACCGUUAUCCACAUGCAGGGUGACUCAGACGUACGAUGCUGGUGCCUGUGUCUACUUUUACUUUGCCUUCAACUACAGGGGACUCAGUGAUCCUGUACAUGUGUAUGAACAAGUGGAGCAUGCAGCUAGAGAAGAGAUCCUUGCCAACGGAGGGAGCUUGUCACAUCACCACGGAGUGGGGAAACUUCGGAAGGAGUGGAUGAGAGACACCAUCUCCAAUGUCGGCAUGGGGAUGCUCAAGUCUGUCAAGGACUACGUGGACCCCAAUAACAUCUUCGGCAACAGGAACCUCCUCUAAUCUCCCCCCCCGUCCAUCUUUAAUCUCACCUUUUUCUAAAAGCAUCUUGUGCAUUUUGGAUUAGUAGAUACUAAAUGAGAAUUUAAAACGGAGAGAGAUCCGUCUUUUUCAUCAAAAAGAGUCAUUCGGUGCCAUUUAUUGAUUCACCUAAACCUUUUUUUCUUUUACAUUAUAUUGCACUUAAUAUGCUGUAACAAUCAUUGUCAUUCACCUUGAAGCUCAUUCUUGCCGUUGAGUCGUGGCCUCAGCUUGUCGUCAGAGCUACAGCCACAAUGCAACCCGACAUGAUGCAACAAAACCUUGAUUUUGUGUCACAUUUGCUAAUGUCUAACAAUCUCCUCAAUAUCCUUGCCAACGUGGUUUAUUCAUCUGUUUGUUUUUUCUUUCCUCUUUUGUGUGUGUGUGUGGGGCACUUCUUUAGUGGUAAGUUCUAGAUGAAUGCACUUUCUAAAGCUCUGUGCCUUUCUAAAGCUUUUGUCUGCCUUCCCCUUCUCCUACUUCACCCUCUGCUGGUGUAUAAGUGAGUCCCUUUGUGAAGCAAAAGUAACUUGAACAUGAUGUUUUCUGUGUCUCCAGUUCAUGUUUUUCUUGCCCUCAUGCCUUUUGUUGUACUGACCUAUUGCCAUAAGAGACUUUUUGUGGACUGUGUGUGUGUGUGUGUGUGUGUGUGUGUGUGUGUGUGUGUGUGUGUGUGUGUGUGUGUGUGUGUGUGUGUGUGUGUGUGUGUGUGUGUGUGUGUGUGUGUGUGUGUGUGUGUGUGUGUGUGCGCCUCUGCUGACAAACCUGUUUGACUAAAGCCUUCCCCUCUGCCCCACCAAAUUUUAACCCCUUCCCCCCCUCCUAGAAGUACAGUAUGGUUACAAAGAGAGAUAUUCCUUGUGUGUUUUAGUUUUUUUGUACUGAAAGCGUUUACCUUGCAUGGUUUGUUAACUGAGAAAGUGAAGUGGAAAAAAGCCAUCGUGUUUUUUCAAUCACGCCAGCUUCAAUGUGACCGCGUUUGCAAUUUAAGGCCUCUGGAUCCCGGUGCUCACGUUGUACCAAAGACUCAACACAUCAGAUCAUGCAAACAUACUGUAAACACGUGUUUAACCGUGUAACCACCACCCUCGCGCACAUUUAGUGACUUCAUGCACAGCUAAACUGUAUUUUUUUUUAAUCAGCAUAUGCAAAGAAUAACCCUUCUGAGAGUGUAAAAUGUAGAUAUUUGUGACUGUUACAUGUGCUAAACUUUGUUAAAUGUACAUGUGUCUCAUGCUUACUGUUUUGAAUUAUUUCUGAUCCAUAUAAUUGGUGUUGCCCAGAUGAUCUCCUGAAAUAGUUUGCCUUGUUGGUGUAUCUGUGUGAAGGUUUUUGGAGUGGGUACUGUAACGUACCUUUUGAUACCAGACUUGUACCAUUUGUCACUGUUAACCAUUGAUUUUUGAAGCAAAGUAAAGCUUUCAUUGAGCUCCGUUUGCUGAAGAAUCCUGCCUUCCUUCUGGUCUGUGCUUCAUGUUUUCCUGGACCACCAUCUCCUUCUAAUCCAUAUUUCCCCCCCGAAUAAAAGGACUCAUUAGGGACUCGUCAUCUGACAUUUUACCCCCCUUGUGUCAAAACCGUGCGAGAGCUUUUUGAAUGUUAUGGAUGUACCUUUUUUUUUUUGUUAUUUUCCACUUCUCUUAACAACGUAGUAACAUCCAAGUACAUUUUGUCACUGCUGUUUGUGCAAUAAAUUGAACUAAAACAU